AUGUUGAUGCUCCUGCUACGGAACCACCACACCUCAGAUUCAGAUACCACUGAGCUCCUGCAGGAGCCAGAAAGCUGUCAAAGAAAUGUGGUACCUCGCAGCUCAGGCUUUAAUUCCAUCGAUUGCACUGAAAAAUGGAAUCAGUCCGGCUGGGCUGCCAGCCGGGAAGAGACCCAGGAAGAGCAACAGUCUGCCAGCCACCGCAGAAAUCCAGAGGAACGAACAUUGUCUCCUCAGGCCCCACCACAGCCCUGUGACCUCAGGGCACCCCCGUGGAUCCAGCCAUCCCCCGGAGCUAUCAGCCGAGCUGCUGUGGAAAUAAUCUGGCAAGAGAAAGUGUCAUCCAACACACAAGUAUCGCUUUCUUCAUAUGAUGAAGAUCAGGGAUCCAAAUUGAUUCGAAAAGCUAAAGAGGCACCAUUUGUCCCCGUUGGGAUGGCGGGGUUUGCUGUAAUCGUGGCGUACGGAUUAUACAAACUGAAGAACAGGGGGAAUACGAAAAUGUCCAUCCACCUGAUCCACAUGCAAGUAGCAGCCCAAGGCUUUGUGGUGGGAGCAAUGACUGCUGGUAUGAUGUAUUCCAUGUAUCGAGAAUCCUGGUCAAACCUAAUAAGUCUUAGAAGAAGACAUGCUGCCUCCGUCUUGUUAGUGUUGCUUGAUUAG